AUGACAAUGAACCAUAAGGAACUGGAUGAACAAUAUAGUUCGUUGUUCAAGAAGGACAAACAAUUACAAUUUGCCGCUAACGCAAUUAAUCAUUAUAAAAUCGAUAAAACAACACAUACAAUACAAAAUGAUUUACAUUACUACAAAGAGAAAGGCCAUAUAAGGACUCACAAUAGCAAUAUUAAGAGGCAUAUCCUAAAUAUUGACAACACUUCAAGAAUAAAUUAUGAAAUGAUUAAAAAUAUCCCCGGUAAUAUCCCAGUGGGAAAUACAAUAAUAUCAUCAUCAAACAAUAGUAAUAAUAAUGAAGACGAAGAUGGCAAUAAUGCUGCUGAAGAUGGCAACAAUGACAAUGACAAUGACAAUGAUGGUGAUGGUGACGAUGACGAUGACGAUGACGAUGAAAAUAUGAAUUCAAAAAAACGUACUUUAGAUUUAAUAGAUAUUGAUAUCGUUAAGACAAAAAUAUUUAAAAAUAACCUUUUUGAAAUGAAUGAUUCAUUUAUUAAUAAAUUACCGAAAUUUGAAAAUGAUACACCAGAAGAAGAAACUAGUGCAACUUUACAAUUACCUUUAAAUGAACAACUCGAUUCAUUAUAUCAAUUACAACACGGUUUAUUAAAUCAAUAUAGUCUUUUACAAAAUUUAGAGAAAAAAUGGUUUGCGUUAAGAGAAAUUAUCCUAGAUGCAAAUAUCGAAUUAGAUUUAUUUAGUGAACAAGACGUUAAAAGUUUACCAAUCGAUAAUGAACAAGAUGUUAAAAGUUUGCCAAUCGAUGAUGAAAAAGAUAGAGUUAAAGUUAGAUUAGGCUCUAUUAAUGUCCCCGCAUCUCAUACACAAUCUGCAAUUCAUACCCUGGCAUUUAAUAGAUGUAAAAGAUUAAGAAAUAAUAAGGAAUCUAACAAUAUUAUUGUUGUUGAUUAA